AAUUAUCUCUAUAUAUAUAUAACCAUCUUUAUAUGUACCCAACACAUUUGACUGCUCUUUCAUCUUUAAACUUGCCUCAAGAUCCUAGCUUUAGGGUUUCAACAUUUCUUCAGAAAUAUCUCUCUGCCGACUGAAGCAACAUAUGCAAAAUAUGGAGUGUGAUAGAUCAUCGUCGUCCACAUCAUCAGAAAGCGGGGCCGUUCUUCAUCAUCUUACUACAUCGUCCACCGUGACGAGGCGAAUGUACGAGUGCACUUUCUGCAAAAGAGGUUUCACGAACGCACAAGCUUUGGGUGGUCACAUGAACAUCCAUCGACGUGACCGUCUCAACAAGGCUGCCAUGCAGCAAAACGACGCUGACGUAGCACUCUCCAGUGCUCGAAGAUGUUUCCACGUGGCAUCAUCUGAUCGUGGAGGCUACGAGCAAGUUGAAUCCGUCGUGUUGAGGGCGACCACGAACUUGAGCUUACGAAUCGGCUCGAUGGUUACAAGGAGAGAAAACGUGGUCGUUGAAGGAGAUGAAAUCGAUUUGGAGCUACGUCUUGGCUUAUGAGAUCAUCAACCACUACAUCAAUAUUUGUGUAAUACCUUUUUGGAUUAUUAUAUGGUUUUCUGGGUUGAUAUAUAUAUAUGUAAGCUAGGGAGCAUAUGAGGAGUUCAUUAUAUGUCAAGGUAAGAUA